AUGUCCCGCGCCGGCUCUGAGAUCAAAAGGGGAAGACCCUCGAUCCGACUUAUCUCGUCGUACAUUUUCGACUGGAUCAUCCUCAUCGUGGUUGCUGCAGUCGGUUACGUUCUUGGUGUCAUCACGCCUAACAAGCGGCCUUUUUCCCUUGUUAAUCCAGACAUCUCUUUCCCAUUUACAGAACAUGAGACUGUUCCAGACUGGCUGCUCUUUGUCCUGAGCUGCGGUGUUCCUGCAGUCAUCAUCAUUAUUGUCUCCAUCAUCUUCGUCCCUGGGGCCACAGUGCCUAAGAAUACCCCUGCUUCGCUGGUAUGGAAGCGUAAGCUGUGGGAGCUGCACAUUGGUCUGCUAGGACUCCUCAUGUCUGUUGCUUGUGGCUUCUUCUUCAUCAGCGGUAUCAAGAAUAUGUGCGGCAAGCCUCGACCUGAUCUCCUCGCGCGAUGCCUACCAGACAUAGAGAACGCAUCAAAGUACCUGAUCGGCGGCUUCCAAGGAGAGUCCAAGUUGGGCAAUAGCAUUGGCCAGCUCUACUCGGCGGAUAUCUGCCAGCAGACAGACAAGGCAAAGCUCAACGAUGGUUUCCGAAGCUAUCCCAGUGGCCACUCUGCCGCCUCCGCGGGUGGUCUCCUCUACCUCUCGCUCUUCCUUGCCAGCAAAUUUGCUGUAACGAUGCCAUUUGUGGCAACGGGAACCUCUUCGUCCAGUCACGAUGUGCAUGCCGCAUUCCCUUCUCGAAUGGGAUCCGCUGUUGAGCAGUAUGACGACGAGGCGUCCGCUCCUAUGACGGGCAAAGGGGCAAACACAAGCAUUGCAUACAACUCCAGCAUCCAGUCUCUGCGUCGCCAGGCGGCAGCUCCCCCUGUCUAUCUCCUCGUCAUUACAGUGGCCCCCUUUUGCCUUGCCAUCUUCAUAGCAGCCUCCCGCUGGUUUGAUUUCCGACACCAUGGUUUUGAUAUUUUGUUUGGCUUUCUCAUCGGUGUUUUUACUGCCAUCUUCAGCUUCAGGUUUUAUCAUUUGCCAAUCACUGUCGGAGCUGGUUGGGCGUGGGGCCCUCGCAGCCCAGAUAGGGCCUUCUGGGCUGGCGUUGGCCGACUGGGUUAUGUGGGUGAAAAGGAUGUUGAGCGUGGCAUGGCCGUUUCUACCAACUAUAGGGAGUCUAGGGAUAUUGAGGCACACGGUGCUACCCUUUCAGUGCCCGCAACGAUGAGUUAUCGGUCUCCAGCAUCAAGGAAUGACCCGUACCAGGAUGUUGAAUUACACAACUUGAAUGAAGGAACGAGUCAAGGGGCGCAACACAGAAAUUGAUUCAAGAGUUUUAAAUGAUACCCAUCUCCCAGCGGGGAGAUUGCAGUUAGAAAACAAGGGGAGUGUGCCUCGGAAGAGAAAAUAUUUUUCUUUUUUUUUAUAGUUCUUAUCUUGUUCCUUUUUAAAGGGUUAGCCACAUGUCAGGAAUAGUUGUGGUCUAGUAAUAACAUAUAGAUUCCUUGU